AUCUUCUCAUCAAAAGUUCAAAACCCUAGCCGCUUCCCUUUCCCUUCCGCUAUCUCUCUCUUAUAAGUAGCAGUACCAGCGAAUGUCCCCUCAUCAUCUCCAGAUCCACUCUCAUCCACUGCUCCAGUUCCUCAACUGUUUCAUUGCUGCGGUCUGAACAUCACAAGGAUGUAGGUGGAACAUUGUCCAUUUUUCAUUAUGUUCAGGCACAGCAAUCAUCCGGUUAGGAAACUCUCGCACGUUGCAAGAAUGUUUAUCGUACGAUUUCUCCCAACCGCUUUUACUGGCCUACUGUCGUUCAAACUAGAGUUGUCAAAACCGAACCCGACAUCGAUCCAAAUAAACGAG